AUGAAGAAUCAUGCGCAGAAACAGAAAGACACAAAGCAUGAGCCAAAUUAUCAAGGAAUCAAGGCUAUGCCCUUUGUCGUAGGAAAUGAGGCUUUUGAGAAGCUUGGAACAAUUGGAUCCUCAUCCAAUCUCUUGGUUUAUCUGACUUCUGUUUUCCAUAUGAAGACCAUCACUGCCACCAAUGUCAUCAACAUCUUCAAUGGCACUUGCAACUUAGGUACUCUGGUUGGAGCUUUCCUUUGUGAUACUUACUUCGGUCGCUACAACAUGCUGGGCUUUGCUUCAGUUUCCUCUUUCUUGGGAAUGCUUAUGCUUACACUAACGGCAGCAGUCUCCGAGCUGCACCCUCCGGCGUGCGGCGAAGGAAGCAGAUGUGCUGGUCCAUCACCGGGACAGAUGAUAUUUCUGAUAAGUUGUCUGCUGCUCCUAGUGGUAGGGGCUAGCGGGAUAAGGCCAUGCAAUUUGGCCUUUGGAGCUGAUCAAUUCAAUCCAAAUACAGAAUCAGGGAGAAGGGGGAUCACCAGUUUCUUCAAUUGGUACUAUUUGACCUAUACUUUUGCCAUGAUGGUGUCUCUAACAAUAAUAGUUUAUAUUCAAUCGGAUGUGAGCUGGUCGAUUGGAUUCGCCAUUCCAGCAUUUUUGAUGUUUUUAUCGUGUGCACUCUUCUUCUUGGGUACGAGGAUAUAUGUCUGUGUGUUGCCAGAGGGAAGUCCAAUGUCUAGCGUGGCUCAAGUUGUAGUUGCUGCAAUCAAGAAAAGGAAAUUGAAGCAGCCAGACGAUCCUAAGGUGUCUCUUUUUGACAGUUUUUCUACUGCCAGUUCUAUCAAUUCAAGGCUUCCUUAUACGGACCAGUUCAGAUUUCUCGACAAAGCUGCAAUCAUAACCCCUGAAGACGAAAUAAAUUCGGAUGGAUCACCAGCAAAUCCAUGGAGACUCUGCAACAUUCAGCAAGUGGAGCGAGUUAAAUGCAUAUUGAGAGUAAUUCCCAUAUGGAUAGCAUGCAUCGUCUACUUCAUUUCAGUAGUUCAAAUCCAGAACUAUGUUGUUUUUGAAGCCCUUCAAGCAGACAGGCGUUUUGGCACCAGCGAAUUCAAGAUUCCUGCAGCUUCUUACAUCGUUGUAGCCAUGCUAGCCCUCACGAUCUGGGUCCCGAUUUACGACAGAUUAAUAGUUCCAUGGCUGAGGAGGGUUACUGGAAAAGAAGAUGGCCUAACAAUCCUGCAAAGAAUUGGAAUUGGAUUUGCAUUUUCUGUUGUGACUAUGAUCGUUUCAGGCUUGGUGGAAAGCAAAAGAAGAAGCAUCGCCCUCUCUAAGCCAACAAUCGGGUUUGAACCGAAAAAAGGUGCCAUUUCUUCCAUGUCAGGUUUAUGGCUAUCUCUGCCAUUGGUUUUGUCCGGGAUUUCAGAAGGAUUCGCCAUCAUAGGAGAAAAUGAAUUUUUCUACAAGCAAUUCCCUGAGAACAUGAGGAGCAUUGGGAUGGCUUUCAUAUUUGUUGGCACUGCAGUAGCGAGUUAUUUGAGUAGUUUGAUAUCAUCAAUUAUUCAAAGCAUAACAGGCAGGAGUCAUGGAGAAAGCUGGUUAGCUGAAGAUCUCAACAAGGGAAGAUUGGAUUACUAUUAUUACUUGAUAGGAAUUUUGCAGUUCUUGAAUUUGAUUUAUUUUCUAGUCUGUGCGAGGUGGUACAAGUACAAAGAGGCAGAGGACGUUUCUGAAGUGGCCAUGGUGAAAUUGCAGUCUGAAGAGAAAGAUAUUGUUUGAGAUUUGUAAAUGAUUUUAUACAUGGAUCCAAUUUUCAUUCAUGAUUGGGAGAAGGCAAACCAAUCAUUUGGCUUGAAUCAGAGCCAUUUAUCUUUUGGCUUGAAUUUUAACAUGUGAAAAUUGAGUAGUAAUUUCAAUUGCAAUGUGUACAUGAGGUCAUAGCUUAUUCAACAUGAGUGCUACAAUA